CGAACCAACAAUUUUUACUUAUUAUAUCCGAUCCGAUCUCUAUUAUGUAUUAAUAUGUGUUAUCAUAACAUUUAUAGUGAAAUCACAUGUUUUGAGAGUUUUGCAAAUCAUUUAAAUUUAUUAUUAGUUUUUGAUUACAAUCUAAAAAUCUAAAGUAUUUUGUGACCAAAAGUCAUAAAUUGAUUGUCAAUUAAUGAGACUAUUGUGUUGACAAUGUCUUCACCACUAUUUACCAUUGAAUACAUUAGCGAUAAACUGAAGCAAAACUUGGAGACAACACAUUUGUCAGUUGAGGACAUGUCGGACGGGUGUGGCAUGAAGUUCAAUGCGGUUAUAGUGUCGGACAAGUUUGAGGGCAUUCCCCUAUUGGAGAGACACCGUAUGGUUAACACUAUAUUGUCUGAUGAACUCAAGUCUAUACACGCUUUCACUAUGAAAACAAUUACUACUAAACAAUACAAUGAUUUACUAAAUAAAAAAUGAUUUCCAAAUAAUUACUAUUAGUUUGAGAUAUAUUUAGUUAAUAAAGUAUCAGUUGAUGUAUUAAUAAAUAUAUUUGUGGUCAUCCGUUAUG